AUGGCGACGCGGGAGCCGAGGUACUCGUUCAAGUCGUCCAAUGGGAGGCGCAAGCGCAAGCGCCAUCGCUGGGCAGAGACGGCGGUAUCGCACAGGCGGUCGCGUUCUGGGCGAUCGUGCGGGGCGAAGAAGUGCUUCAACACGCCCUUGUGUUUGAGCAUGGCGAGAUGCAAACCGCAGCCCCAGGGCUCCCUGGAGCGCAGCGUCGCCAGCGUGAGCUGGACGCGUGCGGCCGGCGGGAAGUAG